AUGACAGAUCCUUCAGUGGUGGAUCACCUGACCCAACUGCAACUCAAACUCCUAGAAAAGAGACUGGAAAACGAACAGGAGAACCUUGAGAAGAUGGAGUCACCUCUCCCAGCUGCAAGGAGCAGACGUGAGGAUGUGCUGCAAAGUGCCCUGAGGCGAAGGAGAGAUCUUCUGCAGCAGCUUAGGGAGCAGCACCUUCUGGAAGAGCUUUCACAGCCCCCUGCACCAGCUGGAGGACACUGUCAUAGCCACAGAGCUGCCUCCCCACGUGUCUACCAGAUUCCUUUUCCAGGUCCCCAAGCAGAACCCCCAAGGAUCAUCCAGCAGACAAUGCCACCUCAGCCUGCCACCAUCAUCCAGCAGCUACCUCAACCACCCCCCCUGAUCACACAGAUCCCCCCUGCCCAGCCUUUUGCAGCCUCCCGCUCUGGAAGCAUUAAAGAAGACAUGGUGGAGAUGAUGCUGAUGCAGAACGCUCAGAUGCACCAGAUCAUUAUGCAGAACAUGAUGCUGAAGGCUCUGCCACCAAUGGCCUUCACCCAGCCUGCUGGAGCCAGCUCUCCCUUGCUUCAGCGUGCCCAGCAGGACCUGCAGUUUGCUGCUCCCCUGGCUGUGAAAGCAGACAGGCCCAGGCCAUCUGCAGUGCACCACCACCACCACUACCCUCCCACAGGAGUGCUCCCAGUGCCCCAGGGAGGCUUCCCAGCCACAUCCAGGGUGGCCAACAUACUGACAGUGCAUGUUCCUCUGCAAGUGGACUGUGGCAUUGCUGGGGUCGACCUGUCUCUGAGCAGUUCCUAA